UUCAAUUUAGUGCAAAUUAUGGAACUUGACAUACAAAAUAUACUUAAUGCUAUAAAUACCCUCUAUCACGGAAAGCAAGACAAAGAAAAGGCUUCUCAAUAUUUAUCAAACUUGCAACAUUCAUCUAAUGGUUGGGAUAUUGCCACAAAAUUGUUGUUAUUGAAACAUUCUUUUGAGGCAAGUUAUUUUGCUGCGCAAACACUAAAACAAAAGAUACAAAACAAUUUUAAUGAGCUACCAUUAGAAUUAUAUAAACCACUACAAGAUUCAUUAUAUCAAUAUAUUUAUGAAUAUCAUAAUCAAAAUAAUAUAGUGAUUAAUCAAUUGAGCCUUGCUAUAGCAGAUUUUAUAUUGAGAGCACCAAAUAUUGAUGAGUCACUUUCAACACUAUUUUUGAAACUUAAUGAUAAUAAAUGGGACAAAGUGUUAUUGGAAAUUUUAACUGAUUUGGUUGAAGAACUUCAAAGUAGGAGCUUGAAGUUAGGAUCAAAUAAGAAAACUGUAAUAACUCAAAAAUUAUCGGCUUAUUCAAAAGCAGUUUUGAAUAAAUUGGAUGAAAUAACCAUCAGAAUUUGCUUACAGCCUCAAACUGAUUCUGAAUUAUUUACCAAAGUGUUUAAAUGCCUUGAGAGAUGGAUUGAAGCUCAUAUGAUUGACAUAGAUAUCAAUUUGACACAAUCUAAAGCAUUUAUGGCUUGCUUAGACAAAUUGAGUUUAGAAUCAUUAAACGAUACAGACAUUAAAGUUCAUGAAAAAGCGGCAGAUGUUUUAGUCGCUACAAUAAUUGCCAUUGAAGAACCAUCUAUGUACCCUGAGGUAAGCCAAUACAUAAUCAUCAGAAUUUUACCUUUAUCCAGUGCCUACUUUCAGUGCUUUCAACAUGAUGACGAUAUUAAUGGCGAUAAAGCCAUAAAUUAUUGUUCUUUAUUCACGGAGCUGGGUAACCUGUGCUUAACAUCCAUCAUAUCCAAUCCUAAAGAGGGAUUUGGCAUUUUAGAAAUUGUAGAUCUGUUACUAAACUGCGUCACUCAUUCUGACAACGAAGUAUCAGAAAUAACAUUUAAUUUUUGGUACAAUUUUGCCGAAUGCCUGUACAACAACACCAGUGUUACAAAGGACGAAGCAAAAUUGGCCCUCUUCAAACCAUACGUUAAUAAACUCUUGCAAAAUCUCUUCAAUAAAAUCACCCUUGAUAGCGACUACGAUGGUAUACCCGAUCAUCAUGACGAUAUAGGCGAGUACAGGAUUAGGAUAUACGAAUUGAUACAGGAUUUAGCGUUUGCCUCUGACCCAAUCUCCAUAAUUAAUCAAAUGGUUACUUACAUUAGAGAACAAUUAUCGCCACUUCAAAAUUUUAAUCACGCUUUUACUAACCACAUAGCCUCCGUCAAUAAUUGGCCCACUUUGGAAGCCGCAUUUUUCUUGAUAUCAGCACUGAUGAAAGAAUUAUUAUCAAAAUUGAAGAAAAAGAAUCAUAUUCCAAAUAACAUCGAUACAAUUAGUAGCGAAUCAGACCUUUCAAUUAUUAGCAUGUCCACUUCGAUACAGAAUUUACUUAAACAAAUUUGCGAUAUCCUAAAAGACGACAUUUUACCUAAACUCUACGCCUUAAUUUACCCUCCGGCAUUCGUAAAUACGUGUGUUGAAUUAAUUUCCGACAUGUCCGAAUGGUUGGCUUACAGUCCCGAUUAUUUAGACUCUUCCCUGAACUUCCUGUUUGCCAUACUGAUUGUUUCCCCUACCAAAGAUGCCCUGAAAUUAUCUUGCUUACGAGCCGUGACCAAUAUAUGUGGCCAUGCCUCUAAAAACACCGGUUCCCAAUCUCUCCUCAUUACCAAAUAUUUGCCCAAUCUUCUAAUCCUUUCGGAAAGUCAAAAUGGAACCCUGGAUGCCACCUCGAGUAGUAACCUUGUCCUUAAAAAUUCGAUUGACGAUGAAGCUGCCAAGCUUAGAAACGUUUCUCUAAACCACGCUUGUAGGCAGGAAUUAAUUAAAGCAAUAUGCAUCAUAUUGCCAUACCUAAAAGAUCAAACUUCAAUAACGCAGUGUCUGAGCGUGAUUUGCGAAAAAUUGAUACAAGGCUUACUCCAUGAAAUCAACUCUAAAAGCAUGGAUAGUGAUUGCGACCCUUCACCCUGGCUAGAUCAAAUAUCAUCGCUUUUCAAGCCGUUUACAAUUUACAAAUCUUCCACCAUACCUAGCAUUCUAACUCCAAUGAUAGGCAAAAUCUGGCCAGUUCUAAAUCAACUCUUCUUAGCUUUUCAAAAUUGCGAGCACAAAACCGAAAAAAUUUGCCGAACAAUAAAACACAUAUUUAGGGCUGUUGGAAGGGAAGGAAGUUCCUUUAUACUGCCUCAACUCGUUGGAACGAUCUUAAAUCUGUACCAAACCAAACAUCACUCCUCAUACCUUUAUUUGGGAAGCGUUAUCGUGGAAGAAUUUUAUCCUGAUACAAAUUACAAAUCUGGACUUAUUCAAAUGUUUGAGAAUUUCACCCUCCACACCAUAACAUAUAUUUGUGACAAAGUAUUCAUGACGGACGUCUCAAAUACCCAUAACUCUCCUUCUCAAAAAAUCUUGCAAUUGCCUCAAGAAUAUAUGGAAUAUUGGAACAAACUAGAACAGCCCGAAACUAUAUUAUCGGCAUUGAAACAGAUUCCGGAUAAUAUCGAAGAUUACUUUAGGCUAUGUCAAAAAUUUGUUAAAUACCUGACCUUACCUUUCCUCAAGAAUCAAUAUUUUCCUCACGUAUUCAAAAUUUUCAUAUCCUCUUGUUAUUUGGAUCACAGAGAGGCUCAUUCAGCUUCUAUGCUUUUUCUGUGCGAUUUCAUUAGCGUUUGUUCAUCUGAUUCUCAAGACAACUCCGACAAUCAACAUGAAAAGAAACGAUUUUUGGAUACCUUACUCAAUGAAAAAGGUCAAACUAUAAUCGAUUCCCUAAUCAAAGCGAUAGUCUUUAAUUUAUCUUCUCAAUUGUACCCAGAAGUUGCUGAUGUUAUUUACGAAUUAAUGGUCUACAAUAAAAGGAACGUUACAUAUUGGAUUGACAGCACCCUUCACGAUAUACAACAACAACGGCAGAACUUGCUUAAUUCUUCUCAACUAUCAGCUUCCCUUUCUCCCGAAUCAUCUCUCCUGUCCGAACAAUGCCUUAACGAAUUUCGCUUGAGCAUUCUUAAUGCGACACAAGAAAAACAUAUAACUAGAGCUUUCAGGGAGCUUGCUCAAAUUUUCAAAUGAUUUGCUAAUCCUAUCUAUCUAGAAUCUUCUUUGAUGCAGGGAAAAAUAUUAAUGUACAUAUAUAAUUUAAUUAUACAUACAACUUCUAUAUAUUUAUAUAAUUAUUUUUAUGGAUUGUAUUAUUAAAGUGAUUUAUACAAUAAAUUGUCUUUUCUUUU